AAUGAACUCAUUGCUUGAAAUUUUAGAUAUUUAUAAUGAAAACGAAAUGGAGAUUAUUGAAUUGUAAUUAUCGCAUGAUAUUCAAGUCUAAAUUCAAAUAAAAAUAAUAUGAUGGAUUUUUUGAAAUUAGUGAUUGAAACCCCUAGUAAUCUACAUCCAAAGUAUGUCUAAAUCCUUUAAUUAGAUAUCCUUUCAUCGUAAGUGAAUUAAUGUUUGGGAGUUAUGAACAAUUACUAUAAAUGAUGUUUGAAUGGGAUGGAGAACCAAUUUAAUAUUUGCUGACAUUCUUCAAUUAUCCAUAAAAUGACACUUCUUGUGGUUACUUUGAAAAAAUGAUAAGACCUCUAAUUUUAUUAAAAUCUAAUGAAAUGAAACCCUUUUUAGAGAUUGCUAAAUGGAUUAAAUUCAUAGAUUAAGAAUCUAUUUAAAACAUAUUCUCAACAAUAUUAGCAUGUAGCAAUUUAGAAGAAAAUUUCAAAUAAGAUCUCCUUGGAAUGCUUUUAAAUUAAAAAAAUAUUAGUGAAAAUGUUUUUCGAAUAAUAAUUAAAUACACAGAUCUAUUUUAAUAAUAUGUGAAUCAACAUUAAGAAGUUAUUGGGAUAAUUUUUAAUCAAACACCUCCUACAUUUCAUUAAUUAUGCAUUAUAGAAUUAUUUAUGGGAUGGAAUAUAUUAAAUUUAGAAUGGCUUUAUAAUUAAAUUAAUUAUUUAUAGUAAUUAGUCUAUAGAGAAUUUGAUUUUUGCAAUUCCACAAUGAAUUUCUUACAUAAACCUCAAGGAAUUUCGGAAAUAGAUUUAAAAAUAAUCCACAUAUUAACAUAGACUUUAACAAGACCUGAAACAAUUAAAUUUUAGAAUGUUUUAUUAGAAUUGCUAUUAAAAUAUGAAUGGAAUAAUAANAUAUCGAUUGAAAAUCAACAUAAACUUAUAAUAUAAUUGAAACAAUAUAUGUUAUAGUUUUUUAUAACUAAUAUUGAAUACUAGAAAAAUAUUAUUUUUAUUUUCUCUUGUGUUCUCAUCUAAGUUUAUUAAAUGAAAAUUAAAAAAUAUUAUUAAGAAAUUAUAAAAAUAUUAAAAUGAACUCAUUGCUUGAAAUUUUAGAUAUUUAUAAUGAAAACGAAAUGGAGAUUAUUGAAUUGUAAUUAUCGCAUGAUAUUCAAGUCUAAAUUCAAAUAAAAAUAAUAUGAUGGAUUUUUUGAAAUUAGUGAUUGAAACCCCUAGUAAUCUACAUCCAAAGUAUGUCUAAAUCCUUUAAUUAGAUAUCCUUUCAUCGUAAGUGAAUUAAUGUUUGGGAGUUAUGAACAAUUACUAUAAAUGAUGUUUGAAUGGGAUGGAGAACCAAUUUAAUAUUUGCUGACAUUCUUCAAUUAUCCAUAAAAUGACACUUCUUGUGGUUACUUUGAAAAAAUGAUAAGACCUCUAAUUUUAUUAAAAUCUAAUGAAAUGAAACCCUUUUUAGAGAUUGCUAAAUGGAUUAAAUUCAUAGAUUAAGAAUCUAUUUAAAACAUAUUCUCAACAAUAUUAGCAUGUAGCAAUUUAGAAGAAAAUUUCAAAUAAGAUCUCCUUGGAAUGCUUUUAAAUUAAAAAAAUAUUAGUGAAAAUGUUUUUCGAAUAAUAAUUAAAUACACAGAUCUAUUUUAAUAAUAUGUGAAUCAACAUUAAGAAGUUAUUGGGAUAAUUUUUAAUCAAACACCUCCUACAUUUCAUUAAUUAUGCAUUAUAGAAUUAUUUAUGGGAUGGAAUAUAUUAAAUUUAGAAUGGCUUUAUAAUUAAAUUAAUUAUUUAUAGUAAUUAGUCUAUAGAGAAUUUGAUUUUUGCAAUUCCACAAUGAAUUUCUUACAUAAACCUCAAGGAAUUUCGGAAAUAGAUUUAAAAAUAAUCCACAUAUUAACAUAGACUUUAACAAGACCUGAAACAAUUAAAUUUUAGAAUGUUUUAUUAGAAUUGCUAUUAAAAUAUGAAUGGAAUAAUAACUUAUAAAAUAUAGCUGUAAACAUGUAUUAAUUAAUGUCAUUAGAAGAAACACCACAUAAAUAAUAUGUAAAUUUUAUAUUUUUAUCUAGUUUCAAUCAAUAAUUAGUGAUUUUAUAAUAAAUAAUGUGAAUUUCUAAAAAGUUGAAUUUGGAUUAAAAUAAAAACUUUCUAGAGGUUAUAGAUGGGUAUUUACUAAAAUCGUCAAAUAUUUUUCAUUAAACUUUAUAGAAGCAUAAGAGAUUUCUGCUUUAGAGGGAAAAUAUUUAAUGAAUAUAGAUCCAUCAAAUAAUAGAGAGAGACAAUCUAUAAAUAUUCUAGAGAAGGUAUCAGAGAGAAGAACUUAAUGGGCAAAAAGAAUACAAGAGGAAGAAAUAUAAAAAUAAGGAGAAAAAGACAAUAUGUAAAUAGAAGAAGAAGAAAAUGAUGAGAAUGAUUAAUUAUUCCAACCUCGAAAUAGUUUUGGAAUAAAACCAAUAAUAAAUAAUGAGGAAAUGGAAGAUGAAAUUCCAAUAAGAGGAAGAUCAAGUUGUUAAUUCAAAUAAGAUGAUUCAGAUUGA